AUGUCUCUUGCCGAAGAACUUCUUGCUGAUCUUGAUGAUGGAGAUGAUGUUGAAAACUAUCACAUGGAAGAAUCGGACAUUCCGGAAGCCGUAGAAGAAGUUUUCGAAGCUCAAAAAAAGGUUGGCCUAUACAGCAAAAUAACAGAUGUUGCUAAAUUAUCAGCGUCAAUCGAGUACGGUAUCUUGAUUUCAAAAGCGAGAGUCUUGAACACUUUUUUAUGCUUUAAUUUUAGAUAUCGGCAAUCUGUGGAACAAAUGAAUGAACUAAUGAAGCUUCCUGAAAUUCCUGCAUUUACUACACCCUUGGAAACGGAUGCCCAGUAUGUUUUAGUUGUUAAAUUGUCUGAACUGGCAAUCGAAAUAGAGCAGGAGAUCACUGUGAUUCACAAAUUUGUUCGUGAUAAAUAUGAAAAGCGCUUUCCAGAGCUGGAAACUCUUGUUCAGAUGCCCUUGGAUUACAUGGCGACCGUUAAGUUGUUGGGGAAUGAUAUUGCUUUAAGAGCGCAAAACAAAGAUCUCCUGGCGGAUGUGCUGCCCGCCUCGGCUUGUAUUAUUCUAAGUGUAACGGCGUCAACGACACAAGGAGUUCCGUUGACAGAAGACGAGUUACAAGUUGUAAUGGAGGCUUGUGAGAUGGCUGAGAGGAUACAAAGCGAUCGAAUGUUUAUUCAUCAGUUCGUGGAGGAGAGAAUGACAUUGAUCGCUCCUAAUCUAUGUAAAAUCUUGGGAUCUGGGACCGCGGCCAUGAUCGUAUCUCAGGCCGGAGGAUUGGGCCCCUUGGCCAAACAGCCAGCGUGCAACAUUCAAGUGCUUGGUACGGUUUUUUAUAUUUGUUUACAUUUUCUUCAUCAAGUUAAACCUUCUGCCGAGUUUAUUACUUUAUUCCAGGAAAGAAGAAAAAAACGUUAGCCGGAUUUUCUACGGCUGCUGUGAAUCCCCAUUCUGGAUUUAUCUAUUACCACCCUCUUGUACAACGACUUCCUCCGGACCACCGUCAAAAAGCGUCUAAAAUCAUUGCGGCGAAAUGCGCCCUAGCUUCUCGUGUCGAUUCCCUGCAUCAAUCUCCGGAUGGAGCCAUUGGAGAUCAACUGGCAGCCGAAAUAAAACGGAGGAUCGACAAAUUGCUGGAACCACCGUCUGUCAAAUUUCAGAAACCCCUUCCCAAACCUCUGGACAAAGCGUCAAAAAAAAGAGGAGGACGAAGAGUAAGAAAGCAAAAGGAAUUGAUGGGAGCUACGGAGAUGAGGAAGAAGGCCAACAGAAUGAACUUUGCUGAAAUUGAGGAAGACGUUAGACAAGAUGCUAUCGGAUUUUCUCUUGGGCAGAUGAAAUCUCAAACUGCAAACGGCGGAGGAAGAUUAAGAACUGUUGUUGACAACAAAAACAAGCACAAAAUGUCCCAGAAACAGUUAAAAACACUUCAGCGACGCCAACAUGGUGGUUUGACGUCAUUGAAAACCUCGAAUGCAAAUGGAACAAUGUCCUCGGUGUCGUUUACUCCCGUGCAAGGUGUAGAGAUAAUUAGCAUGACUCCGAUUGAUACGAAGGCAAGUGUCAGUGGGGGAACUUCGUCCUAUUUCUCGUCCACGUCAAACUUCAGAAAAGUUCAGAUGCCUAUUCAUAAGUAAAUUAUUAGUUUUGCGUAAAUAAACAAGAACAUUUUUUACUUGAAGCUUCUGAUUAACCGUGUGUUUCGUCUUAUAUUUGGGGGGUUUUUUAUAUUGAACUGGAUUUAAGAUGGAGAGAUUGGGAAAGGGAUGGUUUUCUGAGCUCUCUCCAAAUCAAGACGAGCAAGGAGAAGGUGUUUUAGGUAACAAUUGGGCGGGCCAGGCGUUCUCACUGGAGAUCGAUCGAGUCCUCUAUCACAAAAGGUCUCACUACCAGGAUGUUCUGGUAUUCCAAAGGUUAGAAAGAACUCCUUUAAUCAUACAUAUUAAUUUAAGCAAAUCCUAUGGAAGGGUUUUAGUCUUGGAUGGGGUGAUUCAAUGCACAGAACGCGAUGAGUUUUCUUAUCACGAAACCAUGGCCCAUGUGGCCUUAUUCGCACAUAAAGACCCAAAAAACAUCUUGAUUGUGGGUGGAGGAGACGGAGGUGUGGUCAGGGAAGUGGUCAAGCACAGCGCUGUCCAAAAGGUGACUCUGUGUGAAAUUGAUGAGGAUGUAAUCACCGUCUCCAAAGAGUUCCUUCCCUCCGUUUCAUGCUCUUUAUCGAACGAAAGAGUUACUAUUGUUGUAAAAGACGCCAUUGAAUUCUUAAAAAAUCAAGAGGAUGCGUAUGAUGUCAUCAUAACCGAUUCCAGUGACCCUCAAGGCCCAGCCGAAGGAUUAUUCGGUCUCAAUUUUUAUAAACUGCUUCAUAAAGCUCUUAAGUCUGACGGGAUUCUGAUUUCGCAAGGUACAGCUAUCAUCUUGAAAUAACUUUUUUCAGGAGAGUGUCCCUGGAUUGACCUUGAGCUUAUUUCGAAGGUUUUACGGAAUGUGAAGUCAAUGUUCCCGGUGGUGAGGUAUGCAAUCUCAUCGGUGCCCACCUAUACGACUGGGACCAUGGGUUAUGUUGUGUGCGGAAAGGACAAGGUAGUUUUUUUUAUCGUGCCUCCCGUAAUGGGCAGAUUCGUUUCCGUCACAGACUUUAUAGAAAUGCAGGUACAUAACUAAUUGAAAGUUUUCACAAAAAAAAUCCGAUAAUGCCGUACUGCGUAAUCUAACCAUAAUACUUUCGCACUGUUAUUGGUGUCUCAUGAGUCUUGCAAGUUUUUGGGGUUGGGAGUUAGUGUCAUUGUGAGGGCCUAACUAGGGAAGUGUACAUACGAACCCUCACCAAAGGAUAAGUGACAUACGUCGUUGAAGAGCCCUUGGAGAAUGGUACAAGACACCAUUUUUUGUAGAAUGCCGUUCCGCGACGACAUACUGUAAAUUGUAUUAUGUUUAUGUCAUUUUGCAACAAAAAUGUUUCUUUCUCUUGAGCGGGAAAAAAUCUGCAUAAGGGUUGCUUUAAUAGUGCAGUGGUUGCUGAGAAGGGCGAUAAGCCGAACCAAGCUAGGUUGGGUUCCCAGCUCGAGCGAAACAAUUUUUGCGUUCUUACAAUUAGGAAAAUCUUUGCGUUAAACUUUUACAAACGUUUUAAUUUUUCUGGAAGACGUCGAUUAAAACCAUCAAACUUACGUGUCCUUCAGGAUUAAAAAGACUGAAGUGUUUUUUCACUUUGUACCGAGGUGUAAUUUUCAAAAAAGACAUCGGGCGGAAACGUUCUCGGAGGAUAGGUUACCCCUAACAAAUAGGUUACCCCAGCGGAUAGGUUACCCCACCGGAUAGGUUACCCCAAGUUUCGGAUAGGUAACCUCGGAGGAUAGGUUACCCCGAGGAUAGGUUACCUGAAAAAAAAAAUUUUUUUUGAAAUGUUUUCGCUUCGGGACUUGGAAAAAAAGGAUUUUUUGUGAAAUUUGAAAAAAUUUUGAAAUGUUUUCGCUUCGGGAGUUGGAAAAAAAGGAUUUUUUGUGAAAUUUGAAAAAAUUUUGAAAUGUUUUCGCUUCGGGAGUUGAAAAAAAGGAUUUUUUGUGAAAUUUGAAAAAAAUUUGAAGUGUUUUCGCUUCGGGACUGGGAAAAAAAAGAAUUUUUUGGAAAACUCAACAAAAUAUUUUAAUCUUUUCGCAUCGGAAGUAAAAAAAAAUUGUGUGUGAAUGAAUAUUAACUUUGGUGCCGCCAGCACUAAAAUUUUGUCUAAAACCAAUGGUACCACCUGGUACUAUAUAGUACCACGUGUAUUUGGGCUCUACUAAGCACCAAACCAUCACCAUUACUGCCUUACGGCCAAAUUUUCACUUCUCACAAAACAGUACCAGUUGGUACUAUAUAGUACCAAGUGUUAAAACGUGUUUUUGGGUUCUACUAAGCACCAAACCAUCACCAUUACCGCCUUACGGCCAAAUUUGCACCUCGUACUAAAUAGUACCAGUUAGUACUAUUUAGUACCAAGUGUUAAAAAUGUGUUUUUUAAGCAGUACUAGGCACCAAAACAACACCAUUAACGUCUAAAAGUGUUAUAAGUCGAAAAAAUUUCAAAAAGAAUCCCUAAAGGUAGUAAAGUAACAGAAACCCAGUUUUCAUAUUCAGUCAGUUCAUACUCAGUCAGCUCGAAAAAAUUUCAAAUUUUAUUCAAAUUUCACAAAAAAUCCUUUUUUUCCAAGUCCCGAAGCGAAAACAUUUAAAAAAUUUCUCAAUUUUCACAAAAAAUCCUUCUUUUUACACUCCCGAAGCGAAAACAUUUCAAAGAAAACAUUUUUUUCUUUUUUUGGUAAGGGGUAACAUAUCCGUGGAGUAACCUAUCCGGUGGGGUAACCUAUCCGUGGGGUAACCUAUCCGGUGGGGUAACCUAUCCUCCGAGUUAUGUGUUUUUUGGGGUAACCUAUCCGGUGGGUAACCUAUCCUCGGGGUAACCUAUCCUCCCCAAAUCGGGCGGAAAUGCCUCCGCCCGAAAAUGGUCUCUCCGCCGAGACAAGAAAAAAUUGUUUUGCAUUUUCCAAAAACGCACGACUUUAUAUUUCAAACACGGCUUAAACUUCUUGGAAGAAUUUCUUGAAACAUCGUGUAUUUUAAUAUCAGCAGGCAGAAUUUUCGUUAAUGUCUAGUACAAUAUCGGGGCAGUGUGGCAGGAUUUUAUGUAGCCUCGUCAUAUACCGCUUAGAAGCGCUAUAUCUGAGCUUCAAACCCAUAAAUUCGACAUACUCCGUAAUGCGUUUAGAAGCUCACAGGAAUUCGCACAAAUCGACAACCCAAAAAUUUGAAAGACUUAUGGGACACCCUAAUGCAAUAACAUUUUUCUAUAGCGAUUAUCAUGGAUAUUUUGUAAAAUAUUUUGUUUAGUUUGUCCAUUAUGGAACUGUAAAUUUUUUUUUAUCUAUAACUGAUUGUAAAAUUGCUCAGGAGAAUGAUCUCACAGUACCUAAAGCUUCCCGGGAAGACAUCAAACAGAUGCAUCUUAGAUUCUACACGUACGCUUUACAUCAAGCCAUGUUUGUUCUUCCAUAUUUUAUUCAAGAAACGACCAAAAGAGCUUGCUCAGUUUAA